AUGUCUCCGCCUACUGCCACCGACAACGUCCCAGCCUCCCAGACCGGCGCUAAGGAGGUGCAGAAGGGCGCACCCAAGUUCAAAUUCCCCAAGCCUACCACCUACGACUCGCUCGAGGCCGAGCGCCAGGGUCGCAAGGAGAGGCUCGCUCAAGCCUUCCGUGUAUUCGGCCACCUCGGCUUCGAGGAGGGCGUCGCCGGCCACUUGACGUUCCGAGACCCCAUCCUCAAGGACCACUUCUGGGUCAACCCCUUCGGCGUUCCGUUCCGAUUCAUGACCGUCUCUGACCUGCUGCUCAUCGGUCCCGACGGCAGCAUCGUCGAUGGCGGUCGUCCCGAGAGGAUGAUCUACAACCAGGCUGCUUUUGCCAUCCACCACGCCAUCCAUACUGCUCGCCCCGACCUUGACGCCGCUUGUCAUUCGCACUCGAUGUACGGCAAGGCCUUCUCUACCCUUGGCAGGAACAUCGAGAUCACGACGCAGGACAGCUGCGCCUUCUACAAACAGUGCGCGCUCUACGAGAACUUUGGCGGCGUCGUGCUUGCCGACGAGGAGGGCAACAACAUUGCCAAGGCGCUCGGCGACAAGAACCGCGCGCUCGUACUCCAGAACCACGGCAUCCUCUCGGCUGGUACCUCGAUCGAAGCGGCCGUCGGCUACUUCAUCAUGCUCGAGAAGCACUGCCAGGUGAUGCUUCUUUCGGAACCCGCCGCCGCGGCCCGAGGCACCAAGCCUAUUGUCAUCGGCCACGAGGAAGCCGAGUUCACACGCCGACAGGUGGGCAGCGACCAGGCGCUUGCCUUCCAGGCCUCGGUCUACUUCGACACCAUCGCCCGUCUCGACAAGGGCGCCUGGAAGGAGUGA